AUGAGGCUUUUCAAGGAAAAAAAAAUAUUUUAUGUCGCUUGGGAGACCAUCGUCAUCUACUUACUCACCAACCGCCAGCUGGUGGUGGAGGACCAUUUCAUCAGACAGAUGGACAACGUUUUUGACUCUAUGAUCUGCAUCUCUGUGGUGGCAUCCAUGUGUAGUCUUCUAGCUAUAGCCGUUGAUCGCUACGUCACGAUUUUUUACGCUUUAAGAUAUCACAACAUCAUGACGGUGCGCCGGGCCUCGCUCAUCAUCGGUGGGAUUUGGACCUUCUGCACAGGCUGUGGAAUCGUCUUCAUAAUCUAUUCUGACAACACGUCUGUCAUUGUGUGCUUGGUCUCAAUGUUCUUCAUCAUGCUCGCGCUCAUGGCCUCCCUCUACAGCCACAUGUUCAUGCUGGCACGUUCUCACGUCAAACGCAUCGCCGCCCUGCCAGGCUACAACUCCAUCCACCAGAGAGCCAGCAUGAAGGCGGCCAUCACCCUGACCAUCCUUCUGGGGAUCUUCAUCGUCUGCUGGGCUCCGUUCUUUCUCCACCUCAUCCUUAUGAUCUCCUGUCCCAGAAACCUCUACUGCAUGUGCUUCAUGUCACACUUCAACAUGUACCUCAUCCUCAUCAUGUGCAAUUCGGUCAUCGACCCUCUCAUUUACGCUUUCAGGAGUCAGGAGAUGAGGAAAACGCUGAAGGAAAUCAUCUGCUGCUACAACCUGAGGAACAUCUUUGGAAUGUCCAAGUAG